AUGGUUCAAGUCUGGAGCCUUCCCUUUCCCAAAUCGUCUUCGGUACCUGGUGAGGGUCGAAUUAUCGCCAAGUUACUUCCUGGGGGAGGCAAUGGCAUCGAGGCAAUUUCGUAUCAGUAUCCUUUGAAACUGAUAUCACCCACGUCGCCAACAGGCGGCCAGAAGAGUGUUCUAGUCUUCCUCCUGUCCUACGGAGGUGGUCUGGUGGGAGGAGACGCAGUCAAUCUCUCGAUUCGUGUCCAACCUGGCGCCAAUCUCAGUCUCGUCACCCAAGGCCACACCAAGGUCUUCAAAUCACCGUCUCCAGAUGUCGUUACAAGUCAGCUUAUGACUGCCCGGGUAGAUAAGGGAGCUGCCCUGUGUUUGCUGCCAGAUCCUGUUCAGCCAUUCGAAGAUAGUGUUUACACUCAGACUCAACUAUUCAACCUUGCCGCGGAAUCAUCAUUAUGUUUACUGGACUGGGUGACAGCAGGCAGAACAGCACGAGGGGAGAACUGGAGCUUCAUCAAUUGGACGGGCCGGAAUGAAGUGUGGUUGCGGGCUGAGCAAGGAGGCCGGGAUCGCCUCUUGGUGAGAGACACAGUGAUACUCUCUCAGGCCGGGACACAGGCGAUUGAACGAACCCUCCGUGACACGAUGCACCAAAUGAGCGUCUUCGGGACAUUGAUACUGCGGGGUCGCGUCGUCGAAGCAUUGGGAUCAUUCUUCCUUACUGAAUUCGACGCUCUCCCCAGGCUAGGAUCUCGUGACUUUCGCACGGAGAAAGACCGAGAGGAAGAGGCUGAGAAGAUGACGGAUUUCGAACGAUGGCGGGCGAAUAGGCUUGAAAGUGAAGCCAGAGAUGGUGUUUUGUGGUCUGCAGCACAAGUAAGAGGCUGCAUUGUCGUCAAGUUUGGAGCCCCAACGGUAGAAGCUGGCAGGGAAUGGAUAGGGUCCAUGUUGGUCAAGGAAGGAAGCAUUUAUACCCACUUUGGCGAGGAGGCACUUAUGUGCGUUCAAUAG